AUGGACGGUGGUGGCAGCUUUGGCCGGCGUGGUGGUGGUGCUUCCGGUGGACGUACCGACGACAGAGGUGGUGCUGGUGGGUCUCAAGUCAACCCAUCGCCGCCUCCACGGGCGUGGGGCAACAAGCCGCCACAACAAGAUCAGGGCCAGGGAAGUGGUACCGGAGGUCAAAGGCCAGCGCAACAGCCUCUGGAAGUCGGCGUGGGGCCUACUCCUCCGAGAAGAGCUUGGACUGGAAGCCCCUGGGGCCCACCUACCGAUGCUUCAUCACCUGCUAAGCAUCAAACUCAGCUUCGGCCUCAACCUAAGACUCAGGGGCCACCUCAAUCAUCUGACGUUGAUAUCCAAUCCCUGAAAAUUUCAGAAAAGCAGCCUAUAUCAUCUCAUUCAGAAAGUACUGAGAAUAGAACCAUGCCUAUCAAAAGGCCUGAUUGUGGAGGGUCACUUGCCAUCAGGACCAUCCCUCUUCUUGUUAACCAUUUCCCUGUCAAUUUUAAUCUAAAUGCAACCAUAAUACACUAUGAUGUGGAUGUUGAGGCUGUGGCAUCCCCUGGGGAUCGGUUUGUGAAAAAAUCAGUAUCUAAAUCUGAUUUGCAUCUAAUUGGGGAAAAGCUAUUCUAUAGUCGGUUUCCUUUGUUGAAGAUUGCUUAUGAUGGUGAGAAGAACAUUUUCAGUGUAGUAACUCUUCCCACUGGAGAAUUUAAGGUGGAGUUGUCUGAUGAGGAAGAUUCUGAGAUUCGAUCUCACUUAUUUACCAUCAAAUUUGUGAAUGAAUUGAAGCUCUCCAAGCUGAAAGAUUACUUAAUGGAGAAUCUGUCCUAUAUUCCUCGAGAUGUAUUACAGGGAAUGAAUUUGGUAAUGAAGGAAAAUCCUUCGAAGAAUAGAAUCCACGUUGGUCCAAGCUUUUACUCUGCUAAUUACGAAGCGAGGGAUGAUCUCCAUUAUGGACUCACAGCAUAUAGAGGUUUCCAACAGAGCUUAAGGCCUACAUCCCAAGGUCUUACAUUGUGCUUAAAUUGCUCGGUAUUGGCAUUUCAUAAGCCAUUACCAGUACUAGAGUUUCUGAAAGAGCGUAUUCGAGAGUUCAAUGGAAUAAAUGAUGUCACAAAGUUGAGGCAACAAGUGAUCGAUGCAUUGAAAGGACUGAAAAAGUGCAGACUCUUGAAGAAAUUAUCAGUUGCUCCAUCACAUGAAAGAAAAGAUACAAUCUACGAAAUGGUUCGUGCUAAGGAUGGACAUUGUGUGGAUGUCAUGAAGAAUUUUGAAAUUGGAGUUGACAAGAACAUGACAAGGGUUGCUGGUCGUGUCAUCGGUGUUCCUGAUUUGAAGCUUGGUUCUCUCAGUGUGUGUUGCUUGUCUACGACUGUAAGCAAAGGGCAAGACAAAUACUUUGCAAGUCUUUGUCUAAAGAUAAAUGCAAAACUUGGAGGAAGCAAUGUGGAGCUAAGUGGAAGGCUUCCUCAUUUUGAGGGUAAAGAGCAUGUUAUGUUCAUUGGGGCAGAUGUGAGUCACCCGGGGCGAAGGGACUGUCCAUCUAUAGCUGCAGUAGUUGGCACGGUUAAUUGGCCUGCUGCAAAUCGGUAUGCUGCAAAAAUCAACAGUGUCAAACCGAGCAAAAUUGUGGUUUUCCGUGAUGGGGUUGGUGACAAUCAAUUUGACAUGGUCCUCAAUGAGGAGUUGAUUGAUCUGAUGAGGACAAUUUACAGUGAUGAUUACAAACCACCAAUAACACUAGUCGUUGCUCAAAAAGGGCACCGUACUCGACUCUUUCUUGAAAAUGCUAGUGAUGGGGAUGCCUCUAGCAAUGUUCCUCCAGGAACUGUGGUGGAUACAAUUGUUCACCCUUUCAAUUUUGAUUUCUACCUGUGCAGCCACUAUGGAGGUCUUGGGACCAGCAAACCUACUCACUACUAUGUUCUCUGGGAUGAGAAUGGCUUCAAUUUUGAUCUAAGAAGCACCGACACGGACACGCCGACACGCGAUUUUUAA